AUGUCUUCAUCAACUACAACCGAAAAUGCUAAUGGUAAUGGAAAUACUGAAAAAGAUGUUUCAAUGAUUGAUGUAAGUAAUGCAAUGAAUAAUGGUAAUGGUAAUGGUAAUGGUAAUGAUAAUAAUGAUAACGAUGUUGAAAUUUCCGAUCAUCCACAACCAUCAGUAGAAGAAGAACCAAAAAGGAGAAAAUCAACAAUAAUAUUAGAUGAUAUUGAAAAAAUUAAAAUUGAUAAUGAAAAAGAAGAAAUGAAAGAUGCAGAUGAAGAUAUAACAAUGUCCGAUAAUCAUGAUAAUGAUAUUCAAAAUUCACAACCAAAUCAUAAUCAACAACAACAACAACAACAACAACAACAACAACAACAACAACAACAACAUCAAGCUCCACAACCAAUUGCACAACCACAACUCAAUACUCCAGAUCCAAAUAUAACCGUUCCAAUCGAUAUAAAAUGGGUCCAAGGAGGUGAAAAAGUUUAUGUCACAGGCUCAUUUACAGGUUGGAAAAAAAUGAUUGGUUUAAUUAAACAACCAGAUAUAAAUAAUGAAAAUAAUAAUCCUACUUAUAUGAUAACAUUAGGUUUACCUGUUGGAACUCAUCGAUUUAGAUUUGUCGUUGAUAAUGAAUUAAGAUUCUCCGAUUUCUUACCAACUGCAACUGAUCAAUUAGGAAAUUUUGUAAAUUAUAUCGAAAUUACUCCUGAAAAUGUUGAAAAUUUCUAUAAAGAACAACAAUUUCAAAAAGAAGAAGAAGCUACAAAAUCUCAAAGCAGAAAAUCAUCAAUAUCAAAAUCAAUAACAAAUUUAAUUAAUGAUCCAGAUGAUAUGGGAAAUGGCUAUUCAAGAUAUCAUGAAGAUGAAGAUUUAGAGUCUCAAAAUAAAAAAUUACAAUAUAUUUCAGAUAUUCCACCAAUUUUCACCGAUCCAAAAGUUAUGGAACAGUACUAUGUUGCAAUUGAUAAACAAUCAAGAAGUAGUAAUAAUGGUCAACCACAGCAAGCUUGGUUACAUCCUCCACAUUUACCUCCUCAUUUAGAUAAUGUUAUAUUAAACAAUUUCAAUAAUCAAAAUGGUAUGAAUUAUAAUAUAGAAAAUAAUUCUGGUGCUUUACCAAUACCUAAUCAUGUGGUUUUAAAUCAUUUAGCAACAACUUCAAUAAAACAUAAUACAUUGGCUGUUGCUUCAAUUGUUAGAUAUAAAAGAAAAUAUGUAACGCAAGUUUUAUAUGCUCCUUUACAACAAAACUAG